AUGGGGUGCUGCGUCUCCAAACACGACGAAGGACAAAAGGAAGGAAAGGAGAACGAAAAGGACAAAGAUCCGAUCAAAUCGACUUUGAAUUCGUUAAAGAAGAAGAAGAAGAACGUAAACAUAAACAACACGAAAAGCGGAACAAAAUCGGAUUCGAAAUGCAAACAAAAUGUCUCCUCCUCGUCCCAAUCGUCGCGGUUAGAACUCAUCCGCGCGUGGAGCGGAGAACAGGCGACGACUUCGAGCAAUAAGAACAAGAACAACGCAACGAAAACGACGAAUGAGGACGACGACGAGGAUGAUGAUGAGAGGCAGAUGAAUGAUUUUUUAAUCGCAAAAAUGCUCUUCGAGGAGGACGAGUUGGAGGAAAAAAAUCGAAAAAUGGCAACGCAGAGCGAUUUUUUACUCGCGCAAUCUUUACGAGAAGAAGAGGAAAUAGAAGAAGAAAUAAAAGAAAACGAGUCGUACGAGAUGCUUUUGGAACGGUGGAAACGUAGGGUUGGUCAAGAGCGGAUCGAGAGUUGGUCGAGGAAGUUGGACGGCGUGGUGCGAGAGCAGGUUUUGAAUACGCCUUUGAGGAAGAGCCCGGGAGACGAUAGAUCUAAAGUGAAGAGGCAAAUGUCGGUGCCUAUUACGCCGAAAAGGAACCAGGACGAGGAUUUACGGAUCGCGUUGCAGUUGAGCAGAGAAGAUAGCGAAAAGGUGGAGAGAGAUCACGACGUGUUAUUGGCAAGAUUGGACGCGUUUGGGUUGAGAGAGAAAGUCGUUUCCGGGGACGGGAAUUGUCAGUUUCGAGCGCUGAGCGACCAGUUGUUUCGGACGCCGGAGUUUUACGAGGAAGUGCGGAAAAACGUUGUUGGACAGUUGAGAAAACACGCGUCGAGGUAUGCCGCGUAUGUCGUCGCGGCGAAUGAGGAAGGCGGGAGUAAAAACGCGCCUUCGUCGUCUUCAAGUCCGCAAUCCUCGACGGAGGAAGCCAAGUCGGCGUUUUUCAUGAUGCAAACCGCGUAUUCGAACUAUUGCGACGAUAUGGCCUCGGAUGGUACCUGGGGUGAUCACGUCACGUUACAAGCCGCCGCGGAUUUGUACGGCGCGCAGAUUACCGUAGUCACGUCGUAUUUAGAUAACGGCGUUUUGGAAAUUACGCCGAUUCGAACGUCGUCGUCGAACAAGAAAGGCGGCGACUCGUCUCCUCCGGACGACGGGAAGAACUCGUCCUGGUCCGAGAAGUUUGGCGAGAGGAAUUUAUGGCUGAGCUUUUGGGCGGAAGUGCAUUACAACAGCGUCUAUCCAAAGUUGGAGUUUCGCACGCCGGAAAGCGGGAAGAAAAGUGGUAGAAAGAUUGGCACCGCCGGAGGAUAUUACGACGGGAAUGAAAAUGCCAACGUCGAUACAGGCACCAGCGGGAACAACUACACAAACAAUAACAAUAACAAUAAUAACAGCAGCACGAGUAAAGGAACAUCAUCUCGAACGGCUAUUCGUUCCCAAGCUUCGAAGCAAAACGACGCCGCCUUGCGCAUCCAAACCUCCUUCCGAGGCGCGCAAGCGAGAAAGAAAGUAAUCAACUCUCGACACUUGCUGCAACGCUCCAUCGAAACUUUGAAGAUACACGACGCGGCCUCGGUCAUCCAACGCGCCUAUCGCGUGCAUCGCGCCGAACGCAUCGAACAGGAAGAGUACGAAAAAGUCAUGCAACGCAUCACGAGCAACACGCCGGAGAAGUUUCGUUCGCCAGAGUUCUACUCGUCUCCUUUGCGCGAUUUGCGGGGCUUCGGGCAGCGAGAACUUUUCAAAUCGCCGAAAACGCCCGAGGAACGUACGCGCGAUUUUCUCCAAAACCAACGCGCGUUUGAGGAGAAGACCGCCGCGAUUAAAAUUCAAAAGAUAUUCCGAGGCGUGUUGGAGAGAAAGCGAAUGCUCGACGCCUCGGAGGACGAUCCGGCGAAGAAGUUACAAGCGUUAGUUCGAACCGAAAUGGCCUUGAACGCCUAUCGAGAGUUGAAAUCAAAACAAACCAACGCGGCGAUGAAAAUGCAAGCGUUGGCGAGAGGCGCGAUUGCCAGAAAACGCUUGAAAGAAGCCAACGAAGCGGCUUUGAAAAUUCAAUCGAUGGUGAAAAUGCACAAGGCGAAAAAAGAUUUGCGCGAGAUGAAAGCGAAACGACUGGAAUCGGCGAGGAAAUUGCAAGCGCUCGCGCGAGGCGCGAUUGCCAGAAAGCGGUUGAAAGAGGCCAACGACGCGGCGACGAAAAUUCAAAGUUUAGUCAAGAUGCAAAAAGCGAAGAAAGCGUUGCAAGAGUUGCACAUCAAACGAAACGAGUCCGCGCUGAAGUUGCAAGCGAUGGUGCGAGGCGUCUUCGCUCGCAAACGCUUAGCCGAGGCGCAGCAGGCUGCAAUUAAGAUUCAAUCGAUGGUCAAAAUGCAAAAAGCGAAGAAGGAGUUCCAAGAUCUACAGGAGCGAAGGCGACAAUCGGCGUUAAAAAUGCAAGCGUUUACCAGAGGCGUCAUCGCUCGCAAGCGGUUCAACGAAACCAAAUCGGCGGCGAUUAAAAUCCAAUCUGCGAUGAAAAUGGCCAAAGAGAGAGAACAGUUUCAAAAGCAACGCCGAGCGACUUUAGUGAUUCAAGCGCGAGUGCGAGCGGCGCUCGAAGGUCGAAAAGAGCGCGAAAAGUUUCAAGAGAAGCGAAACGCCGUUCGAAAAAUGCAAUCGUUGUUCAGAAUGGCGAUCGAAAAGAAACGAUAUCAGGAAACGAAAGACGCCAUCGUCAAGAUGCAAUCGAUCGCUCGCGUGAAGUUGGCGAAGCGAGAGUUUGAGCUUUUGAAGAAACACCACGCGACGGCCAAAAAAAUGCAAUCGAUUUAUCGAGGUCAGUUGGUGCGCAAACGGCAAAACGAACUGAAGCGCAGAGCGGUGGCUAUUCAAUCCGCGUUUAGAGGGUACAAAACGCGAAAAAAGUACAACUUGCAUUCGUAUUACGUCGGAUGGGAAACCGCGAAUAAGGCGACGUGGUCUGGGAACUCCUCCUCGGACGAGGAAGACGUCGAGUGGACGAGAGAGUAUUACUUGAAAUCGUACUCCAACAAGGACGCGUUCGAGGAGCAUCACGAGAACAUGGUCAAAGCUGGAAUUUUACCUCCGAAGACGAGCGAACCGUUUUCACCUCGCACGAGUUUGGCGUUCAACAACGGGAUGAUGAGUAAUCAUCAUCACGAUCAAAACCAUCACAAUUUUACCCUCGAAUCGCAUCCAGCGCCGAUGUCGCCUCCGAGACGACGACGCAAGAAGAGAAACUGGUCGAGACGACUCAUCGGUCGUCGUCGAAAUGGCGGUUUUGAUUCCGACAGCACCGACGAGGAGGACGAUUCCGCCGCGGAAAAAGAAUAUCAAGAACCGAACUCAGUUUUGAUCAAAACAAUUGCCAAAACGUCCGGCCACACGGUUCUCGUCCGCAAACCCAUCGACCUCGAAGCGUCUUCGGCGAUGAAGAAGAAACUCGCCAUCGAGUUUGAUCGAAUGGAAAGAGAGAGGAAAGAGAAAGAGUUCAAAGAGAUGGAAAAAGAAAAGAAGCGGUUACAAAACGCUCGCAAAUCAAUACCGCGACGAAUUAAAGACGCGCUGAAAAGCGCGUUCGUCGACAAACCCACGAAAGUGGCGCACAGAACUUUCGACGUGCUCACGAGCAAACACGCCAUGGAGCUCCUGUUGAAAUCCGCCAUCGCGUUCUUCGCCUUUGACGGCGUCAAGACCGUACGAUCGCAACAUCGAGAACGCGUUCGAAGACACCGUUUUGGGCGCGACGACAAACCAGUUUUAGUGAUCAAAACAUCAAACAGGGGCUUUUUUGGCGGCGCGAAAACGAAGGAAACAUAG